CCUCUCUAGAAGACUCCCGACGCUGGACAUGGCGGAAACCAGGAUAAAAACACUCCUGAACAAUCUCUGGAUGUUAAUUCUCAUCGCAGGACACGUCCAGCCUGUUUUGUCAGACGGCUGGAUUCAUGCACACGCAGAGGACAAACUCUUCCACAAACUCUUCAUCGGGUAUAAUAAGUGGUCCAGACCCGUGCGAAACAUCAGCGAUGUUGUUAUCGUCAAGUUUGGCCUCUCCAUCGCUCAGCUUAUUGAUGUGGAUGAGAAGAAUCAAAUGAUGACCACAAACGUUUGGCUGAAACAGGAGUGGAAUGAUUAUAAACUGCGCUGGAAUCCAUCCGAAUUUGAUAAUGUGACGUCUAUUAGAGUCCCAUCAGAGAUGAUUUGGGUGCCUGACAUUGUUUUAUACAAUAAUGCAGAUGGUGAGUUUGCAGUGACUCACAUGACCAAAGCACACCUGUUCCACACGGGGAAGGUGAGCUGGGUUCCUCCCGCUAUCUACAAGAGCUCCUGCAGCAUCGACGUAACCUUCUUCCCCUUCGACCAGCAAAACUGCAAGAUGAAGUUCGGCUCCUGGACCUACGACAAAGCCAAAAUCGACCUCGAGCAGAUCGAGGGCACGGUAGACCUAAAAGACUACUGGGAGAGCGGCGAAUGGGCCAUCGUCAACGCCGUCGGGACCUACAACACCAAAAAAUACGACUGCUGCCACGAAAUCUACCCGGACAUCACCUACUUCUUCAUCAUCCGCCGCCUGCCGCUCUUCUACACCAUCAACCUCAUUAUUCCCUGCCUGCUCAUUUCAUGCUUAACCGUGCUUGUGUUUUACCUCCCGUCAGACUGCGGAGAAAAAAUCACCUUGUGUAUUUCCGUUCUCCUUUCGUUAACCGUUUUCCUAUUGCUCAUCACUGAGAUAAUCCCCUCAACAUCUCUAGUUAUUCCUCUAAUCGGCGAGUAUUUGCUGUUCACGAUGAUAUUUGUAACGCUCUCCAUUGUCAUUACCGUUUUUGUGCUCAACGUGCACCAUCGUUCGCCUAGCACGCAUAAAAUGCCACACUGGGUCCAUUCAGUGUUCCUGGACCACAUUCCCCGCUGGCUCUUCAUGAGACGUCCAGAGCCUGAACAGAAACCAAAAAAGACGCAUAAUCUGAGCACAUCCAAGAGCUGGUUCCAGCAGGAGACUGGAGUGGAUGGUCUGGCUUGUCAGGAUAUGGAGUUUGGGAUCGGUUUAUCCACAUCCAUCUCCUCUCCAUCCGCAACCUCACUGCAUUUGUCUGAUUCAGAGCCUUUGCUCCAGAAGUAUGAGCUCCAUCAUUUGGGACAUGUAGUGAAUCUGUGUCAGCGUCCUGCAAAGCUUGGUAACCUGGUGACAGAGCCUAGUCUGCUGUUUUCUCCGUGUGUCCUGCGAGCUCUGGAAGGGGUGCGGUACAUCGCUGAUCAUCUGAGGGCUGAGGAUGAAGACUUCUCAGUCAAGGAGGACUGGAAAUAUGUGGCGAUGGUGAUUGACCGCAUCUUUCUGUGGAUGUUCAUCAUCGUGUGUCUAUUGGGAACCAUCGGCCUCUUCUUACCGCCAUGGCUAUCAGGAAUGAUCUAAAAAACACAUUCAGAAGCACAUCAAGAGCAGCGAUAAACACUGAACUGAUGGAAACCCAGACCUUUCAGCAAG